CGACUAAUCGAAAUCGAAUUUUAGUUCCCUAUGUCCAAUAAAAAUAAAUGAAAUAUAUAUAAAUACGCAAUUUUUAUGUUUAUAUUUUCAUAUAAACUUGUUCUAAUCAUUAUUUGAUAAUGCUGAGUGAUAAAGCUAUAAAACUUCUAGUAAUUGGAGAAAGUGGAGUGGGGAAAUCAAGUCUUAUACGCCGCUUUGUGGAAAACAAAUUCGAUGAAAGCCAUGAUGUCACCAUUGGUAUGGACUUCAAGAGCAAAGUCAUGAAUAUCGAUGGCGUUGAUUAUAAACUGGCGCUUUGGGAUACAGCCGGUGCGGAAAGAUUUCGCAGUUUAACUCCCAGCUUCUACCGCAAAGCACUGGGAGCAAUUUUGGUGUAUGACAUUAAAAACCGCGAAUCACUGGUAAAACUGGAGGCAUGGUUCACAGAACUGGAAAACUAUAGUGAUAAUCCAAAUAUAUCAACAAUUGUGGUGGGCAACAAAAUAGAUGACGAGCGCGUUGUUAGUCGAGAGGAAGGUUUAAAAUUUGCUCGUAAACAUCGUUCUUUGUUUUUGGAAACUUCGGCAAAAAAUGAUAAAUUUGUGGCUGAUGUGUUUAGAGAUAUUGUGGAAAAGAUUGUAUCAUCGGAACAUUUUGAACAGCUAAAUAAUGGAGAUAGAAUUGAGGUUCGUUCAGAUGAUGACGAUGCUGCCGCCUCGUAUUGUAGAUGUUGAUCAUUAUCUAGAAAUGGUUGUAUGUUUGCAUUUGUUUCUGUCACUCUUCUGUAUGUAUGUGAUGCAAUAUUGAAGAAAUACUUAUUAAUCAUUUUUACCAUGUUUAUGUUAUAGUUAUAUAAACUUUUCUUUUUGGUAAGGUAUUGAUAGAAAAAUCUAGUAUUUAUUAUGUAAUCUGUGUACCAACAGUAAAUCUCUAUAUCAUAAGAUAAUAAAUAAACUUAACAUGUGUAGGUUUCUACCGAGUUGCUAGA